CCUUCUACCAUUUCGAUAUCAUCGAAUGCAUCGUUGAUGGAGAACGGUAACUGCGAUUAGAUGAGAGGGAUAGAAGAAAAAGAGAACAUGAAUCCCUGGGAGAGGGCGGUGCACGUCACAGUGUGUGGGUGGUUUGUCAGUUGGUGACUCCGUGAGUACUAUCGAUAAUAAGCCGAGAGGGACAUACUCGCAACAGGAAGAGGAAAUUGUUUCGAUUCUCGAAUGGCUCUUUUGGAUAAAGAGGAAGAUAGAAGAUAGAAGAUAGAAGAUAGAAGAUAGAAGACAGAAGACAGAAGACAGAAGACAAAAAGAGAAAAAAGAAAAAUCUUUGUCAUUUCCGAGGAUCAACCGUUUUCGAAUGUUACGACGAACUGGUUUUUCAUCAUUGGUUUAAUAAAUCGCGUUGGAGAAAAGGGUUUUGCCGUUCCUUCGGAGUGGCAAAGGAAAGGAAAGAAAAGGGACGAAAGGUGGGGAAGUAUCGAAGAGGGUGGUUUUGGAUGAUAGAAGGCGCGGGGGUGGCUAAAGAGGCCCCGCCGCAGCGUACGGGUCCCGAUGCCGGUCCCCGUAUCGCAAACCCUCACGCUAACCUCCACCCUAGUACCCAAGGAGGAGUCAAACAUGCCCUUCAUAGACGACGAAUUACUUUGGUGCCCUGACAAUGAUGGAAAGAUGGUCGACUUGACUCAAUGCCUUCAGGAAAGUAGUACCGGUCAAUCGGUCGAGUUUUCUGCAAUGGAGUUAAGCGCGUUGGUUGGUACGCCAGCUGCACCUAACGUACCGGCGGAAGAAAGCGAAGGUAUGUCCAAUGUUACCGGGGAAGAACCCUUCGAUACGUUGGACACGUUCCUUCGAGAAUUGCAAGCGGAUUUGGCUGAAGCCAGUCAACCAAGUUCUACCACGACACCUCUUACGAAUUCCUGUAGGCGGCAAAGGUACAACAUCGCUGCGGCGAAUCCUUUAUUAGCGGAAAAAUUAGCCGCACCGUCGUCCCAAGCAUCACCAACGACGAUCCCUUAUGCAGCAAGGGCGGAAAUAAAGACGGAAAAUAUUCAACACGAAACGAGCAAAGUGGAUACCAGGGAGGUCCAACCGCACGAAACGACGACAAGCGAGAAGGAACAAUUAGGUUUGGCGAGUGUAAAAGCAGAACCAGGUUCGACGAGUGCGAGUACUGCGAGCACGACUACCGGUGCUCGUCUCCUUCAUGGAAUCCUUUCGCAGCAUCCCCAACAGCAUACGCUAGGGGUGCAAAACGGUUAUGGCCGACAUAUGCCAACGCCAGCCGGCCAUUCUCAAAUGGCUCAACCGCCCUACACCACUGCCGCCAUUGCUACGACGAGUACGCCAGGGAGCGGAUCACUGCCAGCAAGCCCUGCGGACAGCGGAGUCAGCGACGUCGAAUCAAGUACGUCCUCAGGCGGUAACGAGGACGCGAAUCUCCUACUAAAAGCCAGGCUCAAUCCUAAUUCGUCCCUUCAACCGAGUCUGGCAUCUCAUCAUUCACACUUAUCCUCAGCAGCAUUGGGUAGGUCAGCCUGCCACAGUCCUGGCGUAUAUCCGUCUACGGCGGGUUUUCUACCGCCCUCCUAUCAUCCCCAUCAGCAUCAUCCCUCCCAAUAUCAUCCGCACAGAGGUAGCUCGCCACACCAUCAGCACGGUAACCACACCAUGGGAGCAGCGAUGGGACCCCCGCAUCAUCAUCACCAUCACCAAACGCAAAGUCUUCAGCAUUUGCAUUAUCGUCAACCACCUACACUGUCCGAGAGCUAUAGCAGUUACGUAAACUCGAUGUAUGGCGGAGGAGGACAAUUCGCUACACCGUGUACACCGAGCCCGCCAAGAGGACCUGGUGGUGUACCGACUAGUGUAAUACAAGCAGCGACGAGUUCGGUAUCGGACGAUCUUUAUCUUUUGGAACUCGGUUUUCCGCCACGUUCGAAGAAGAACAAGUUGAAGAAGCCACGUCAGGGGGAGGGAGCGACGGUUAAAAGGAAAUCGCGGGAAGGCUCGACGACGUAUCUCUGGGAAUUUCUGUUGAAAUUGUUACAGGAUCGAGAGUAUUGUCCGCGAUAUAUAAAAUGGACGAAUCGCGAGAGAGGAGUAUUUAAAUUGGUCGAUAGUAAAGCGGUAUCAAGACUCUGGGGUUUGCACAAGAACAAGCCCGACAUGAAUUACGAGACGAUGGGUCGCGCCUUGAGAUACUAUUAUCAACGUGGCAUUUUGGCUAAGGUCGACGGCCAGAGAUUGGUGUAUCAAUUCGUCGACGUACCGAAGGACAUAAUAGAGAUCGAUUGUACGGGCGCGUGAGAUAGGUCUCGUUGUUGUUCCCCGAGGGAGGAACAUUAUGCGCGAGCACGAGAAAGAGGAGGAGGAGGAGGAGGAGGAGGAGGAGGAAGAGAUGAAGAAGGAGGAGGUUACCGCUAUAUCGAAAACUUGAAUUUUCUUAAAAGAUCGUCGUCGUCGAGAACGCCGACGAUUCUUUAUGCCGAGACGUCCCAUCGACGACCUACCGCCGCACAUCCUACAAAAAGAGCUCGCCCUCUCUGACUCGACCAUACCGUUUCUAUUUUACACCCGUUUACGGGUUGAAUCUUGCGAUAAUGAUCGCGAUUGAUGAAUCUUAGGAACGAUUGGGGAAAAAUAAUCCAUCUUCGCUAAUAAGCGAAGGAGUUUCUCUCUACUCGUGCUUCGUCUCCUCCUUUGUUAAAAUACACACACAUUGUUCUUGGCUGUGUGCGUGCAUGCGUGCUGCGUGCUUACUUGCGUCCACGUAUGUAUGAUGAUGAGAUGUGUAUGCGUGUAUGUUCUGUCUGUGUCUGCUGUUGUCUGCUCUGGGUUACGAAGGUAUUAGAAUAUAUAUAUAUAUGUGCACAUAUGUUGUGUAUAUAUAUAGCGUGCGAGAUAGUCGAAGAGAAAGAAAGAGAAAAAGAGAAAUAGAAAGAAAGAAAAAGAAUCAAUCUACUACUCUACGUCCACGAAGAGAUCCGAAGUUCGCUUUAUGCAUAGAUCGUGUGGUGUGUAUAUAUAUGUGUAUAUAUAUAUAUAUAUAUAUGCAUAUGCAUUUAUGCGUACUUUCGAUCUCGUUUACAAAUUUGUACAAAAUUUAGUUCUUAUAUUUACGGGACAGACGUUACUAAUCGUAUUUUAUCGAAAGAGAGCAAAGAAAAAAAAAAAGAAAGAAAAAGAGGAAGAAGAAGAAGAAGAAGAAGAAGAAGAAAGUAAGUAGAAGAAAGAAGAUAGAUCACUGUGGACGAAUUACUUAACCUAUAAAGUAUAGAGCAAGAGAGAAAGGACGAUGGAGAGGGAAAGAUGUAGAGAAAGAAAAAGUAUAAGCGAAAAUUGUACAUUGGGGAUAAACGCGAUAAAUUAUUUAUUGUAUAUUAGAUGAUUAUGUAUGUUAUCUAGAAAAUUGUUAUAUGUGGCGUGACGAAGAAACGUUUAAUAAAAACCUGAAAAGUUUUAAUGCGAAACGAAAUGAGGGCUGUGACGAGACUUGGAAAGUAGAAAGAAAUAGAGAGAGAGUGAGAGAGAGAGAGAGAGAGAGAGAGAGAGAGAGAGAGAGAGAGAGAGAGAGAGAGAGAGUGAAAGGGACGCGAGAGAAAUAGAGAGGAAGAAAGAGAAGGAGGGAAGAGGGGGCGGAAAAAAGAGUUUCCCUUGAGAAUGGAGGAUAUGUCCGUUUUAAAAGAAUUUUGCGGAACGAGCUCAGGGAGGGGAGAGAGAGAGAGAGAGAGAGAGAGAAAGGGAGAGAGAGAGAGAGAGAUAGAGGAAGGGAGGGAGAGAGUGAGUGAAGGAGUGGGUACACUUUAUAUUUUUUUAAAUAUAACAGAAGGGAUGACUCUUCCGUUCGAGCUGAAGGUUCAACAACGUAAGGUGCUGGCUAUAUACAAAUGAGGUCCAAGAAUGUUAUUUAGCAACCUAGUGUUACUGAUUCAUAAAUAUUAUUGAGACAGACAUUAUAUAUCGCUGUAUAUAUAUAUAGAACAAAAAAAAAUAUAUAUAUAUAUAUCUUAAGUACAUAUAAAUAUAAAUAUAUAAAUAUAUAUAAAUAUUAUUGAAUAUUAUAUAUAUUAUAUGAAUAUAUAUAUUGUAUGUUAUGUAGAGCAAAUCAGGGGCAAGAGGAGGGAGAGGAGGAGUUUAAUGUGUCUAUGAGACGAUUUUCCGUCGCGUCAAGAUGUGUGUUAGGUUAGAAUAGGAGUAAUUGAUGAGAGGAAGAGGAGGCUCGACCGUCUCGUACGAUGUCUCGAAUUAAUUAACGAAACGUUUCGAACUUCUGUGCUGUGUGUAUGUAUAUAUGUAUAUAUACAUACGUAUAUAUAUAUAUAUAUGAAAAUAUAUAUAUACACACACACACAUUAUAUACGUUUUCCUUUUAUACUGGAACUUGCGACCAAGCUCUCGCAUCGAACAUAAUUUUCAAUUAUAUUCGAUGAAAGUUCGAUCGUAGCUAAAUAACGCACACUCGCCGAUUUUUUCAUACUCACUUGUAUCGAAGACAUCGUACUUUUGUAACGUAGAGAAAUCUUUUAAAGUUUGGGAAGGGGAUGUAUAAUAAGAAUAUAAUAUUAAUAAUAAUAUUAAUAAUAAUAAUAAUAAUAAUAAUAAUAAUAAUAAUAAAGAAUAAAAAAUAAUAAUUAAUAAUAAUAAUAUUAAUAAUAAUAAUAAUGAUUUAGAGAAUAAAAAUUUAAUUUAUUGACGCCCCAUGAUGGCGAAGUACGUACGAGUGCAAGUGUAUUCUGUAUAUCUAAGUUUUGUACAUAAGGAUUCGUUGAGGAUAUACUUACGAAAAAAAAAAGAAAAAAAAAACAAAAAAACAUAUAUGCUAGUUAUUAUUCUUCGUGACUGCGAAAGACAAUGCGAAGUGAAGUAAUAUGUAAAAAUCAGAGAGUAUGUUGUAACUUAAGAGACAUAAAUGCUCUCGGAGUACAGCUAAUUAACGAUAUAAUGUUGGAAUAUUUUCAAGAAGUGAAUACAGUGAAUACAUACACAAAGUGAUCCAGUGCUGCCAAUAAUGCCUGUAAAAUGGUCCCUUACAUUUGCCACUUAAAAAUAUAUUCAGUAUCGUUAAAAUCAUAAAUGUCUUGGGGACGCCGGAUAUACCGAUGAUACAAAGCAAAUUGCCUUCUUGUAUUAACAAAGACAUGUUGCCUUUUAACAAAAAAAAAAAAAAAAAAAAAUGAAAAAAAAAAGAAGAAAAAACAUAUAAAACUUUUAGUGAUUUAUAUUGUAAUACCAUCACUUUGUCCAGGUACUUAAAAAAAAAAUGUUAGCCCUAUCCUCGUUUGAUGGAAUAAAGUCUUAGAUUUUUGUCGAUAAAAAAGGUCUUUUGACAUAUGAAGAUUUUUGAAAUAAUAAUUUUUCUAUAUAAUACGGAACCAUUGAGAAUAUAUAUGGGUAUUCAUACAAAAGUUAAGAAAAAAAUAUCAGAGUACAAUGGACAAAAGCAAGUACCUAUACCUAACGUACCACUUGUAUACAUGAUAGCAGACACUUAUAAACGAUGAAUGAACACUACAACAAAAAUCAUAUUUUUAGGUGAAUUAAAUUUAUAUAUACACAUAACGAUUGACUACGCUACGAGAUAUUUUAACGAAUAAGACUUUACUGUAAUAGGGAUAAAUAUAUAAUUAUUUACUUGUAAAAUAUAUGAAGACACGAUGGAUUGAUGUAAGGAACUCUAAUGUAACGUUCUGUGAUUCGUUGUUUGUAGGUGAAAUUUAAUAAAAGAUUAUUGUACCAUAA